AUGGUGUCAGACGACAUCGGCUACGUGAUAUAUUCGGCUUUGGGAAGCUUUUACAUACCGUCCUGUAUCAUGGUGUUUGUAUACAUACGGAUAUACUACGCCGCAAAGGCGAGAGCGAGGCGAGGUAUCCGGAAAAACCCUAGACCAAGGCCGAAUGAACAACAAACGAGCUUUACAAAUGCACCCAAAGGCACUCGGCCGAUGCCGACCUCUUCGCUAUCUAUGCCGCCGGGGGUAGACGCUAGCAAUUCUAAUAAUAAUAGAGAAAGUCAAAUAUCUACAAUAGAAACACAGCAAGUUCCCAUACCGGUGGUGACUUGUGAUUUUGCCUCAGACAUAUCGACGAGUGAAGCGGGGGACAUGGCGCAACCAUCAGACGAUAGAAAGGAUACGUUAAAGGUGGUGACAUCAGCACAAGUGACGAGAAACCCCUUAGCCACGUGUCCCUAUAGGAGUUCUACCCUUUCUGUGAACGGUGAACUUCAGUUACAAUCCCAAAGAACGAGAGCACCUAGUAUGGCGAUAGACUCUGACAUGGUGUCAGAGUUAGAGCCUUCAUCUUCAGAUUCGGGAGUUGUAUCCCGAUGUGCUGUGGUUAAACCGUUAAAAUUAAGAAUAUGUCAGCCAAUAUUUGGCAAAAAGAGUGAUUCAUCUAGAAGGCAAGAGAAGGCUCAACCCACAAAAUCAGAAUUAGAGCCAGCGUUGCCCAAACAGCACAAACCUAGAGACCCAGAAAGAGAAAAGAGAAGAUUAGCGAGAAAGAAGGAAAAAAGGGCAACACUAAUAUUAGGUUUAAUUAUGGGCGAGCUUUCAGAAGGAUACUGUUUAAGUGAUGUUUGGCUUACCUGUGCUGCUACAGAUGCGUCGCCAAUAGAAUCCUGUUGGCUCAACAGCGGGCAGCACCAGGUCUUUACAAUGUGCGUUGAUCAUCUCUCA